AUGGCCAUCCAGACGCCAGCUCCAGUGGUACGACUUGAAAGAAGACGACCCGAAGAAGAACUAGAUGAAGAGACGUACAAGAAGAAGACGCUGCAACAGAAAAUCCUCUGGGGUGUCUUCUACACCAUCGCGUCGCUCGCGUCUCUCUACUUCUUCAUGGUCGCCGUCAAACUCAUUGGCGACGGGUUCACCCUUGCAUUGGGCUGUGACGCCAAAGGAGCCUUCGACUUCGCCAAUAACCCCGUUGCCGGACUCAUGAUCGGCACCAUCUCCACUGCUCUACUACAUAGUUCGGGCACGGUGACGUCUAUCACUGUCGCUCUCGUUGGUGCCGGGGGAAUGACCAUCCGCCAAGGUGUCUACGUCGUUAUGGGAGCCAAUAUCGGUACCUGUGUCACGUGUAUCAUGGUGGCUUUCGGUCAAGUUGGGGACCCCAUCCGCUUCCAACGAGCCAUGGCAGCGGCCACCGUGCACGACAUGUACAACAUUUGGUCCGUGAUCGUCAUGUUCCCGAUCGAAGUGCUGUUCCAUCCUCUAGAGAAGAUGUCGAUCGAGAUGUCCAAUGCCAAAACAAACGGAGGUGCGUUCAAAAGCCCCGUGGAUGCGAUCGUCAACCCCUUGACGCAAGAGAUCUUGGUGGUGGACAAGAACUCCAUCUACGACGUCGCUACUGGUGACUUGGAGUGCAUGUCAAACACGACUUUCGUCAAAGGUGGCGCCUUUGAAGAUUCAAGUAUGAGCGACGGCAGCAUUGGCGCUAUUGUCAUUGUAGUGGGUUUCGUUAUUCUGGUCUGUGCAUUGGUGACGCUGGUCAAGAUGCUCGCCAAGGUGUUCUUGGGACCUACGAAAAAGCUGAUCUCCAAGCUUCUCAACUACAACGGAUACGUCAACAUCUUUGUAGGAACGCUGAUCACAUUUGCGGUUCACUCGUCAACGGUAGUGACAUCGACGUUGACUCCCAUGGCUGGGUUGGGUGUCAUUACCCUAGAACAAGUCUAUCCUUUGGUAAUUGGAGCCAACUUGGGCACGACGGGCACUGCUCUACUGGCGUCUCUGGUGACGGGUAAAGCGGACUCGGUGGCUAUUGCUCUGGUUCACUUCUGGUUCAACGUGUUCGGUAUCGUCUUGUUCUACCCGAUUCCGAUCACACGCAAACCGAUUCUGGGUUGGGCACGUUCACUGGCGUAUUUCAGUGCUUCGUGGGCUUGGACUGCUGCCCUGUUCCUCAUCUUUUUAUUCCUGGUAAUCCCGGGAAUCCUGCUGGGAUUGGUCUACAUGUGCACAGCGGACAACACGGUAGCAGUGGUGUUCGGAUGGCUCAUCGCUUGCAUUGCGGUGCUGUUUUUCUGCGGUGUGCUCUUCUGGUACAAGAAGAAAGGAGGCAAGGAGCUUUGGUACGACUUCUUGGAGCGCAAGCGCGUUGCGCGUGAACAACGCAAGGCUGCUGAAGCUGAAGAGAAAAAGUCGUUCAUCGGUGAAGAUGCUGCGUAAGAUGCUGCUCUUUUACAGCCUGAUUGAUUUACUCUUUCUUAAGAUCAGUACAUUGAUGUCCCUUCAAUCUAGCGUUGUAAAUAGUUUUUUUGU